CGAUCGUUACAUCAUUUCAACAGACUCUGAUAUAUCGCCCGCCCUUAUAAUAUUAUUACCACUCUCCUCUUCGGUUAUAAAAAGUAUCCAAAUUUUGCCUUCGUUUUCUUCAUCAAAAUGAGCCAUAGUUUCAUAUUUUCCCUUCUUUUUCUCUUGAUUUUAAGCUCAACCCAACUGAGAUACAAAGCUGAAGGUAGAUCAAUACCAAAAUCCGAUGAAGAAAAGGCGAGGUUAAGAGCACAGAUAGGAUCAAGGCCACCAAGGUGUGAGAGAAGGUGCAAUUCAUGCGACCAUUGUGAAGCCAUUCAAGUGCCUACCAAUCCUCAAAUCUCCCAUGUUGCUUAUGCAAGAGGUGAUGGAAGCUCUUACUACAAACCCAUGAGUUGGAAAUGCAAAUGUGGCAACUUCAUCUUCAACCCUUAGCUCAUAAAUACAUAUAUAUAUAUAUAUAUUAGGUUCUUAAAUACCCAUUUUUGAACCAUGUAAGUAUUUUUUUUUUUUUCUUGUGAGAAGAAAUUAGAACUGCAUUGUAAAAUUUCUUGAUUAUCUGAAUCUUUAAAAAGAAAAUGAAUCUAUAGUA